AACGAAUUUAUUAGGCUAUAUCUGAACAUGCUGUUAUGAUGCACCCCCAUACAGUGGCACAUUUUUGGCCUGGCUACCAACCCAUGCUUAAGCUGAACAUGACGUAACACCAACACAGCGAAGUGCAAUGGCGAAAUAGAACUGUAACCGCAAUCGCUUCUCGAUAUCAUAUUUGUUAUGUCGUUAACAAUAAAGAAAACCGAUUCAUUUUUCUGCAGAAUAACCUCAUGCAAUGUUUGUACAUUUAACGCGCGUGGGGCUGCGACGAUAAGGAGAAUACUAUUGUCACUGCAAGCGAUGCCGGUUUAAAACGCUGGGGCGUGGCGGCUGGCAUGUAGGCUACCCACAUCAUUGAGGGUACCACUUCCAGCCAAAGAUGCUGAUAGCUUAGCAACAACGACAGGAGAGAGCAGAAGAGGACAACAAUGGAUUUACGAUUUGUUUAAGGCGUACUGAGUGAAUCAUGGCCAUGCAGGAACCAUCUCCUCCGUCGUCCAUGGAGAGCAACAAACCAGGCUUCCCUAAGAAGAUCCUGGCCAACAAGUUGGAGGAUAAGCACCUGUGUAACUGCUGUCAGAACCUUCUGCGGAGGCCCUUCCAAGCCCAGUGUGGACACCGUUUCUGCUCCUACUGCUUCAAUAGGACGGUCAGGGAUGGACCUCAGAAAUGCAAUGCUUGUAUCAAAGAGGACAUUUUUGAAGAGCCCACAUCAAUUCUGAAACAAGGAUGUGCGUUUCCUGACAACGCAGCUCGACGAGAGGUUGAAAACCUGUCUGCUGUUUGCAUCAACGAAGGUUGCACUUGGAACGGGAAUAUUAAAGAAUAUGAGUCGAACCACGAGGGGAACUGUGAGUACAUGAUCAUUCCCUGCCCCUCCUGUAAAGAGCGGAUCCGCUUCAGUGAACAGGAACGCCACAACGAGCGAGAAUGCCCUGAGAGAACUCUCAACUGCAAGUACUGCAAGGAGCCGUUUCAUUUCAAAAACAUAAAGGCUCAUGACGAGAUCUGCCCCAAGUACCCUAUGAUCUGUGAAGGCUGUGCCAAGAAGAAAAUCCCUAGGGAAAAGUAUGUGGACCACAUUAAGUUCUGCAGCAAGUUCAGAACCCCAUGCAGAUUCCAUGUUGUUGGGUGUGAUAUGUCAGUGGAAAAGGAGAAGAUCCACGACCAUGAAAGGGCCUGUGCUUAUGAACACCUCAACCUGCUGCUUCACUACAUCAUGGGCAUGAAAGUAAGCAUAGAGGGUCUGCAGCCCCAGGGCCUUGAGCUGGCUGGACACAAGCUCCUGGAGCUCCACCAUUCCCUCAGGGAGCUGGAGGCACGUGUCUCCCAGCUCAGCACCACCUCCAACGGGCCUCCCGUGCAGGGGGCCACUGCCUCUGGUUCCUCCUCCUCUGGACUCCCCGGGCCUCCUGCCCUAGCCCUUCCCCUGCCUCCACCUCCAGUCCCGGCCCCCUCCCUGACUGUGUCCACCUCGUUCACCCCCUUGCCCAGCUCGGUGGGGGCGGCCCUGGAGCUCCAGCUCCACAGUGAGAAGACCAAAGUGGCAGAGUUGGGGCGCAGGUGCACAGACCUGGAGGUCAAAUCCGGGACAUUUGAGAAUGUGGUGUGUGUGUUGAACCGAGAGGUUGAACGCUUCGCCACCACCAUGGAGGCCAGUAACAGACAGCACCGCUUGGACCAGGAUAAGAUCGAGGCCCUGAGCAACAAGGUGAGACAGCUGGAGAGGACCGUAGGGCUAAAGGACCUGACUGUAGCAGAAAUGGAGGGCAGGCUAAGAGAGAUGUCAGCCACCACCUUUGACGGCGUCUUCGUCUGGAGGAUCUCUGACUUUACCAAGAAGAGACAGGACGCCAUCGCUGGCCGGGCACCCGCCAUGUUCUCACCAGCCUUCUACACCAGUAAAUAUGGCUAUAAGAUGUGUCUGCGGAUCUACCUGAAUGGGGACGGGACAGGGCGCGGGAGCCACCUGUCUCUGUUCUUCGUGGUGAUGAGGGGCCUGAGUGAUGCCCUACUUAAAUGGCCUUUUAACCAGAAGGUGACUCUGAUGCUGCUUGACCAGAGUAAUAGGGAGCACAUCAUUGAUGCUUUUCGGCCCGACAUUACUUCCUCCUCCUUCCAGAGGCCUGUGAGCGAGAUGAACAUCGCUAGUGGCUGCCCACUCUUCUGCCCGCUUUCCAAGCUUGAUGCCAAGAACUCGUAUAUCCGCGACGACACCAUCUUCAUCAAGGCCAUCGUUGAUCUCACUGGCCUCUAGAUGAUCUCACAGGCCUAAGUACAAGUGCAAGUCAACUUAGCAGCACUGUGGCCAUUCAGGCUCCAUUUUGGCUACUUUUGGCAGCCAUUUUAGCCUCUACUUGGAUCAAUCUGGGAUCCAUUCUGGCCUAUUAAAGUCCCCUAGUAGUAGUUGUAGGGAGACUGACAUGGUUGCUACUGUGUACUACAAGUGAUUCCAGUUCGCCCAGCUGAGGAAGACCUUGUAAAGUUAUAUAAGGCUUUUGCAGGGUUUUUAAUGAUUUCUUAAUGCCACAAUAACGGUUUGUCAUGGUGCUUGAACCCCACUUAGUGGGGUGUGUGGCUUUGUAUUUUUUGUAGCCAUGGAAUUCAUCUUAAUAUUGAGUAGAACAGAACUGUGACAGUGAUAUGGGUACAUGUGACAGUUGAGUUGAGUUGGGGGCAUCUUUUUCUCUCUUUGUUAAGCCUUCAUUGUGUCUGAGAGAGAGUGAAUUGUAGGAAGAUAGGGAAAAGAGGAAUAUAAUCCUUUCUCCUGUCAGUGUAGAAAACUGACACACUGCUUAUCAUAGAAGUAGAGCUUAUCGUGCUUGGUGCAGCAGGGUACUUGCUUUUUCUCAAUCUUACGUUUUCAAUCCUAACGCGAGUGAUUUUGAUUGUGGAUAUUGUGAGCUUCUCAAUGCCAUUGUUGAGUACAUUUGCAUAGACAAACGUGGAGUUAUGUUAUGAAUAAGAAUAUGGGCAUUGGUUUGCCUUUUUGCGCAAAUUGCAUAUAUUGGCCUGUCAGUGUUGAAGUGCUCUCUACUUUCAUUGAACUGCUGGAGGGCUCCUUCCCUGUUCGUUGUUACACUUGUUAGUGAGUUAAACCAUCUGUGAUGGUGGACAUUGCCUGCAUGUCUUGGAUCCAGGCGAAUACUUUAACGUAUAGUAGUUAUUGUUGCAGUUUUUGUUCCUUUUUAGGGAUUGAGGGUUACGGGAACGGUGGUUCGGUACAUCUGUGGAAGAUACAGUGGAGUUAUCAGAGUGUUAGAAGGCAGCUUGUCAAUCAAAGCCUGUGGCAUACAAUGAGGGUAUUUCUAUCACUGGUAAAUACACAAAGAUGGAAGAGAUUUCCUCUAGGAUAUGCUCAGUACAGUAGCUCAUAUCUCAACGCAUAGUACUGUGCCCCACCACAGAUGGAGGUUUAUUCAGGUUCAAUGAACUGAAGGAAUGGUUCCUUGUUUUCUGUCCAUAUUAAAGUAUGGUACAUUUGUAUGUAGUUUUGCUGCUAUCUCAGAUAUGUUCCUGAUGUAAAACAAAUGUUUGGCAAUCAAUGCAAUUUUUAAAUAGGACAUUAGUUGAAGAGGUUAAAGUGGAAGGUUACAGCGUGAUUUAGCGUUGCUGAAGUGAAAACAAGUGAAUGUGAUGGUAUACCUUACUUUGGACUAUAGUGAUUGAUCAUGGUUAAUUGAUGUUAGGUGUAAAUGUAGAUAGAUCCCAUUAACAUGUGGUUGACAGUGAAACCUCUUUGCCAGUGGUAUUAUUAUGUUCAUGAAGCCCCAUAAAUUAUGCUGACCAAAAUGCUAAAUCGGAGCUAAUCUAUCAGAUCAGAUCUAUAUAUCAGUAGGUUAUAUGCAUGUCCAACAGGGGGUGCUGUUUUACUUGGUAUGCCUGUAUGCCUCCCAAUAGUCAUCCCCCUCUGGACUUGUCAGGGUUUUCACCGGCCUGUUUUGAAACCAGUCUUGACCUGUAUUGAAACCUCUCUGUGCAUGAGAGGGUUCAAUUCAUAUUCCGUAUCGCAGUUUGUGAUUGGCUUACCUCUUUGACCAAUGGCGAACACGUUUAUUUGCAUUUCUUUGGCAGAAUAUAAAUAAUGAAAGUAGUUAUUAUUAUGUCAUACCUCGCACUGCUUCUGUUCAACAUAAGCAGCUGCCUAUAUAUAUCCAUAAACAUUUUUAAAUAUAAUAUCAUAAUGUUGAACAAUUCAACAUAUCGAUAUUACUAUACACAUAUUGUUAUUAAUAAACAUAGUAUUGCUGAAAAUAUUAUUAAUAAUAUAUCUUUAUACCUCCUUUUUGUUUGUCGAGAUGGUUUAAGACACGUCUGGAUAACCCCUUAAAGUAACCUGUAUCCAUUGGUUGAAUUGCUGAUAUAGUGCAAUAACAACAGCUCUGCCACAUAAUACCAACCAUAGUAACCCAUUCUUCUAGUUAAACUGAGGGUUAAAAAACAUUAUAUGGAGUGUUUGUGUUUACAUUCCUUAAUAUUACCCUUUAAAAGAGGAUAUGUGUGAUGUAACUGUCUCUAUGAACCGUUUCUUUACCAUUCGGACCAGUAAACAGUGGUCCCUCUUUUUCAAGAAUCAGCAAGCUGCUAUCGUCCUUCCUACGGAAAGGACUCCUCAAGUUUAUAUCAACAAUAACACUUGAGAACUGGCUACACUAUUAUCAGCUAAUCAUCUGAGGGACCAUUCAGCAUCAUACCAGGCACUGAUGCUGGUCCGUGGACCAUAUGUUGAGGACCAUUUACAAAUGUUUUCCUUUGAAAAUGGGUGCUUUGGUUGAGAAUGGGUGCUUUGGUUGUUAUAAUGGGUAGUAUUUGUCCUCUGAGCAUUAUAGGGGGCAGUCAGUGUAAGGAUGUUGUUUGGUCCUCUGAGGUGUAGACAGUUUUGUUAUGAGGCAGUUGAUUCUGUUAAUUACAGGGAGAAUCCCUUUUGCAGAGGUAACUUUUUUGCCUCAAACAGGAGAAGUUGUUCAGUAGGUAUAGUGAACAUAACAAUUGGGAUUCAUACAUAAUCUUUCCUUUACAUAAAUACUUAUCCUUGUGUGGUGCCAACUUUUUAUAUUACCCCUGCAUUAUCACAAAUGGUGUAUGUUUUACAAGUAUUCUAUGCUAAAAUAUGGUGCCAAAUAUUCUUGUAGAAGAAAAGGUAAGUACAUAUAUGAUGGUUUAUGGUUUGUAUUCUUGUUUCAUUCCAGUAUGAUGCAUGGGUCACUUUUUUAAACAUCUAGACUGAUGGAGCCAUCAAUUCAGUAUGUUCAGCAAAAUAUCUGUAUAAUUCAAUAAUAUACCUUUUGUAGGUGUCUGAAUGUAAAGCUUUAAUGCAGUGGUCCUCUGCUGUUUAUUUGAGAGGACAAAGUUCAACAGUUCUGUUUUACCAGUUGUUGAUGCAUUUGCAUUGAAUGAACUUUAAUUGUGCACUUUGUAUUAUUUAAAUGUCAAACAGGGUACUACUUUGUUCUGUGAUUUGUAUACUGUGAAGUCUGAGGUAUAUACACUCUGAUGUGAUCAUCAUUGAUGUUCUCUAUAAUAUACAUUAUGGAAAAUAUGAAUGUAUGUACAGUACAGGCCAAAAGUUUGGACACACCUUC